AUGGCCCUCAACCGCUCUAACGAGCCCCUGGUCUGGAUUGACUGCGAGAUGACGGGGCUGGACCCAGCAAGCGACCAGAUACUGCAAAUAUGCUGCUACAUCACGGACGCCCAGCUCAACCUUCUCGAAGCCAACGGGUUUGAAGCCAUCGUCCACCAUCCGCAGGAGACUCUCGGCCGCAUGAACGCCUGGUGCAUCGAUACCCACGGCCGCUCAGGCCUCACUGCCGCCGUAUCAUCGUCGACCACUACUGCAGACGAAGCCGCGGACGACCUGCUCGGAUACAUCAAGCGACACGUACCCAGGCAACGCAGCGCCCUGCUAGCCGGGAACAGCGUACACGCAGACAGGGCCUUUCUGUCUCACCAACCGUACGCGAAGGUCCUGGACUGGCUGCACUACCGCAUCCUGGACGUGAGCAGCGUGAAGGAGGCCGUACGACGAUGGAGCAGCGACGAGGUGCUUCGAGACGCGCCGGCGAAGAAGGGCGUACAUCUGGCCCGAGAGGACAUCCUGGAGAGCAUCGAGGAGAUGAAGUACUACCGCCAGAGGACGGUGGACAUCACACCCUUCGCUGACCAGAAGGCGGGAACAUCCGGCCUACGCAAGCGAGUGACCACCUUCCAGCAGCCAAACUACACCGAGUCCUUCGUUACGAGCAUCCUGCUCUCAAUCCCUGAGGGAGUCAAGGACGCCUUCCUCGUCAUUGGCGGUGACGGACGCUACUAUAACCCUGAAGCCAUCCAGCUUAUUGCCCGCAUUGGAGCUGCUUACGGUGUCAAGAAGCUGCUGAUAGGCCAGAAUGGCAUCCUGAGCACCCCUGCAGCUAGCCAUGUCAUCCGCAAGAGGCAGGCGACCGGAGGCAUCCUGUUGACUGCAAGCCACAACCCUGGAGGCCCCAACGCCGAUUUUGGCAUCAAGUACAACCUAUCAAACGGUGCCCCUGCCCCGGAAUCCGUUACAAACAAAAUCUACGAAGUCUCGAAAUCGUUGACCUCGUACAAGAUCGAGGACCUAUCGGAAGUCAAGCUCUCGGAAGUCGGAACUCAGCGCUAUGGAUCCCUGGAAGUCGAGAUUAUCGACUCCACAGCCGACUAUGUCGAGAUGCUCAAGGAUAUCUUUGAUUUCGGCUUGAUCAAGUCCUUCCUCCAGAGCCAUCCCGACUUCAAGGUCCUGUUCGACGGCCUACACGGUGUUACCGGACCGUAUGGCGUUGCUAUCUUCCAGAAAGAGCUUGGAUUGCCCGCCUCCAGCACCCAGAACUGCAUUCCCAGCCCUGACUUCAACGGUGGCCACCCAGAUCCCAACCUGACAUACGCCAAAUCUUUGGUGGAUGCUGUUGACAAGGAUGGAAUUCAAUUCGGUGCGGCCAGUGACGGCGACGGCGACCGAAACAUGAUCUACGGUGCCAACGCAUUCGUAUCCCCAGGUGACAGUCUUGCCAUCAUCGCGCAUCAUGCAAAGCUCAUCCCAUACUUCAAUAAACAAGGAGUUUACGGACUGGCGCGCUCAAUGCCCACCUCUGGUGCCGUGGAUUUGGUCGCCAAGGCUCAGAACCUUCAAUGCUACGAGGUCCCCACGGGCUGGAAAUUCUUCUGCGCUCUCUUCGAUACCAACAAGAUGUCAAUCUGCGGUGAAGAGAGCUUCGGUACCGGAAGUAACCAUAUCAGAGAGAAAGACGGCCUUUGGGCCAUCGUUGCCUGGCUUAACAUUAUUGCGGGCUAUGCCAAGUCUCACCCUGACAAGCCAGUAAGCAUUGCAGCGAUCCAGCAGGACUUCUGGGGUAUCUAUGGACGUACUUUCUUCACCAGAUAUGAUUACGAGGACGUUGAUAGCGAGGGAGCGAAGAAAGUUAUUGCCGAUCUUACUGAGCUUAUCAAUAAGAAAGAUACUUUCGUUGGGUCUACAGUUUCGGGCCGAAAGGUGACCGAAGCUGACAACUUCUCCUACACCGAUCUUGAUGGUAGCGUCAGCAAGAACCAGGGACUGUUCGUCAAAUUCGACGACGGCAGCCGCAUUGUUGUCAGACUCUCUGGAACCGGUAGCAGUGGUGCCACUAUUCGUCUAUACGUCGAGCGUCACGAGAGCGAUGCGAAGGAGAUCUCCAAGGACGCACAGGUCUAUUUGAAGGAUAACGUCGCGCUUGCUGUCAAGUUACUCAAGUUGAAGGAGUAUAUUGGCAGGGAGGACCCUGAUGUCAAGACCUAG